AGUUCACUCAAACAACAUUAGGUAUCGUUACAAUUAUACAACUUCCUAAUAAUCACCAUUUUACUAGUAAAAAUCCUCUAACAAUAAUACAAUCAAUGUUCGAUGAUAUAUCAUGUCAUCUACAUUUUCGCAAUCCAAUAAUGUCACUAACCAGAAAAUAGAUAAAAAGAGCAAAUUUUCACUUUUAAAUAUUAAUACCAUAUAUAAAGGGAAAGGAUUUGAUUCCCAAAGAUCAUCUAAAUCUUAUGGAAUCCAAAGUAUUGGAAAAGUUACUAGUAGUAAAAGAUUGCCACCUCCUGCCAUAUUACCCACUAAUAGGGCAGAAAUUCAAGGCAAUGACAAUAUAAAUAUAACAACAGGAACUAGCUGGGUUAAUAAGGAUACUGAAAUUAAUGAAAUUUCAAAUAAUCCUCAUUUUAAGAAUGAUCUAUGUAAACAAUCAUAUGAUGUGUUAUCAAAUGCAGGGUUAAAAACUUGGAAUGUAGCUUUAGGAAAUUCUCCAGAUUUAAGUUCAACAUCAAUAAUUCCUAUUUCUAAUACAUAUGAUUCUGGGCAAUAUUCAACUGCAUUUCAAAAAGAAUUUCCAUCACUAUCAAGUGCUGAAGUUAAAAGUUCAAAUUCCAUAGUUAAUGUAACCUCAGUGAAUUCUUCAUUACAUACUGAGACUUAUCAGGCAAACUACUCAAAUUUGAGCUAUGAAAGAUCAAAAUCAUUUUUAAGAGAAAAUGCUAACAAAUUUUAUAUGCAAUCCUUAGUACCAAUUAACCACCUUAGGCCUCAGACAAAUUGGAAGGAUAUGGCACUUAGGAAAUUGCCAGCUAGUAAUUUAAAUGAUGAGCCAAUAAGUGAAAAUCAGCCAUUUUGGACUCGUGAUUUUGAAAUUUCUAGAAAUCCUUAUACUUACCUAUCUAAUGCACCAUUACCCUGUAAUGAAAUUAAUAUGCCUUUAUCUUACCAAAUAGGACCUGCUCAUGAUAAUUUGUCUGAAGGACCCAAAAAGGAAAAUAAGAAAGUCUAUGGGUUAAUUGAUGGCUCAAAUUUUAUAAAGAAAGGGACUUCCUUGUUCAAUAAAAAUCAUCAUUCCUCAACACCAUUUGUACCUCCGUAUAUGUCAGUUAUCAAUCCUUAUAAUCAUUAUGAAAAUAAACUAAAUCCAAAUUUGCAAGCUCCUUACAUUUAUCCGGGUGCCUCGAUUGCACCACCAAUGCUGCUUAAAAAUAGAGAUUAUUAUCCAGAGAUUGACAGAAGAGAAAGACGUUACAGUUCUUCUUUCCAGCAUCCUCCACCCAUGAUUCAAAAUGAACAUUUUUAUGAGUAUGCUAGUAGAGGAGGGCCUAUUGAUAAUGAAUAUGCCUCACCAGAUUAUUAUUCCAAAAAAACUUUUUUUAAUUCACAAACUCUCUCUUCAUCUCUAAAUAAAGCAAAUGUUAUUUUAAAAAAGAAUUAUGGAGGUGAUGGUGUAAAUUCCUACUAUCCUCGCAAUAAAUUAAAGUAUGGAUCAUAUGAUGAUGAAUAUUAUUACAAUUAUAACUAUCAAAAUGAGAGACAAAAUCAUAAUGCCAGAAAUCCAAUGUCACAAAAUCCAUAUUCACCAACCUACUACCAAAAAAGAUCUUCAGCUUUUUUUGAUUCCAGACCAUCUACCUAUUACCCUUAUUACAAUGAAGAUAUGGUUCCCAAUGGAAAUUAUAGACGAAUAAAAUAUGCGGAGGAUGAUUCUUUCAUCAAAUACCAUCAGCAAGCACCAAUAGGCAGUGGCAUUAAUGAAAAAGCUCUCCCCAAAUCUCCUGUACCAUAUAAAAUACCUCCACUGAUGCCACAACAUCAUGUCCCAUCAGUUUUUAUCAAGCAGAAUUCUUACAACACAAGGGUUAACUCCACAUUAAGUGAUGAUGAUGCUCAUCAAAAUCAAGUUAAUCAAAGGCAUAAAGUACUUGACCAAGAAGCAGAAGAAGCGAAUAUGAAUAGACCAGCUUCAUAUGACUCUUAUAAACAUUACUCAACAGAGGAGAGACAUUUCCCAUUGCAAUCACACUAUAAUACACAUGAAAUGUAUCACCAAACCUCCAUGCAUCCGUUUCCACCAUAUGAUGCACCAUCCUACCCUGAAUAUGAACAAACAUUUAAUAAUUUGAAUGACAAAAAGUACAAAAAUCAACAUUAUUCAUAUAGAGGAAAUGCAAAAUUCAGUGAAAAUUCUAAAAACAUUAUUCAAGAGUGCGAGGAAUUUGGUGACCACUUGAAAAGGAAUGAUUUAAAUCAGAUUUUGUCUAAUAAACCUUUAGCUGAAGAUGGUUUACAGGAUAAAGAAGAAAAAGAGGGUGAUAUGGAUGCAUGGUCAGAUAGCCCCUCACCCCAUUCUAACUCUAAAUUUCAAUAUUUGAGUAAUACCACCACUAGCAAGGAUAUUGUUGAUCACACUAAACAACCUUACACCUCUUCCAGUGUAAAUAAAAAGGUAUCAGGGCUUGACACAAAUAUUCAAGAUGGGCAACAGCAAAAGAGUUUCAAAAUUAAUACCACAAAUAAAUAUCAAACAGAUCCAUCACCAUGGCAAGAUUCGGAAAAAUCUUCUACCAAUACAAACAGGGAAUACCAAAAGGACCCGUUUGAGCACGAUUAUGACGAACAUAAGCCAAUUUCAAACAAAGAUGAUAAGAUCGAAAAACCUAACACCUUUCACAGCAAAAAGUCUGAUGACAAAAUUCCCGAAAAUUACAAACUAUCCAAAAAAUCGUACAACACAGUGUAUGCCCCACAGCCAAGUAGAUUUGAUCAUAACACCAAGUCGAAAGAUUUAAUCACUUCCAAAAGGCACAAUUACUCUUCAGCCAAGCCAACUGAUGAAGCAAAUCGUGAAUUACACAAGAAACCUGAAGCUAAAUAUAAUCUUUCCUCGACUAAUCAACCUAUCAAAAAAGCUGAUGUUGAUUCCUCUAAAAACGUGCAAGAUUUAGCAUCUAGCAAAUUUAAAUGGGUAUUUGAAGGGGGUAAAAUUACAAAGCUAUCCAUACUAAAUGAUGAUAUGAAAGUGAAUAUGACAAAAUCUCAAAAAGUUCUUGGUACCCAUAUUCCUAAAAUGCUUCCUGCUACUUCUGAUGAUUCUAGUAGCUUAUUAGUGGGAUCUAAAUCACAGAAUAAUCGAAUCGAUAAUGCUGUAAGUGAAGAAAAGAAAGAGAGUAGCUUGGCAAAAUUCAGUCGGGAGUUAAAGGAGGAACGUGAGGCCGCGGAAGCUAGUAAGCUUAAAAAGAUUCGGGAUAUCAAAAAGCAUGAAGUUAUUAAGGAUAAUCAUUUAAACGAUUCAAAUUUUGGACCCAGAAAGGGUGUGCAAUUUAAACCCUACCCUGGUAACAAGCUUAAUCCUUUAAAAAAUGAUGACCAUGACAUUAAAUCAACUUUGAUAUCAAAGAAAAACGAUAAAGCUAUGCCGAUCACCUUGAGAACUGAUUUAAAAAACUCCUACCAUAACUUAAAUAAGUAUGGAUUAUCUGAUAACACUCUUGGUAAGGUAUUACCCAAAACUGGGUAUAAAAAUUAUAGCUACCCCAAACAGGAAUCUUUUAAAGGGUGCGAAAAUUUACCCAACCAUUCGAUUUCAAAGUGGAGCAAUACUGGUCGAUCUGAGAGCCAACAACCCAGCGAAUUAGAAGGAGGGGGAAAAAUUUGCUCCCCUAACUUCGAAUCUGAACCCAUGCCCAUUGAUAACUCAUCAACCACUGCUAAAGCUAUUGGUCACAAGCAAGACCGUCCCACACGUUUUACUGCUUUUCCCCGUGACCCAAAAAAGACAAACCCUGAUUCAUCCCUUAGAACAAAAAACUCUCCUGUCAAUACCAACAUCUCUUGUGCUCUAAGAGCAUUACAGCAACCUACAGUGUCCAAAAUAUCAUCCCCACGUAGCUCGAUCCGCAGCCCUUCAGGUUGGGGCGGUGAUGAGCAUGAUGAAUGGGAAACCGCCUCUGAGAGCAGUGAACGUGCUACUGAACUUCCCGCUGCAUCUCGCCACAACCAUACCACAACUCGACCAAAUUUUUCCGAGCCGCUGCCACCGCAGUUGCGACCACGCCAUGAAGAUAUUCGCGGAGAUGAACGGGAUCGGCGGGCAGCACCACCCAGCAAGUCGUUCAGUAACGGUCGCGUCAACGGCAGUGGUGGCGGCUAUCUGCACUCCCAGCAGCACCCACCAAGACAAAGUCCCAAUGACCCAGAUAGUCACCUUCCUCUGCAUACUAGCGAAAGACGUGGUGAUAGUAAGGUUAGAACCACUAAAGAUUCUGUUAACAGAUUUACUCCAAAAUUUGAUGAUGGACAGCCAGGGAACCGACAAAACGAUAAAAAACAAUUUCCUGCAAGUUUUAAUAAAAAAUUGAACUCAAACUUUCAAAAUACUGAUGGAGGAAAAGCGCAAAAACUUAGCACAAAUCAGUAUGCUUCUAAAUUAGUUAAAAAUGUAGCAAGUGGUUAUGGUAAAGAUUCUUAUGCAACAAAAGACAAAUAUGAAUUAUCAGAUAAAAGUCAGCAAGCACCUAUCAAACCAUCGCCUGUUGUUAGUGGUCUUAACAGUAAAACUGAUACUGUGAAUGUUGAUAUGUGGCCAAAUAAUGCAAAAUCUAGAAAUUCUCAACAUGAUCCUAACAGUAAUAUUAAACAAAAACUCCAAAAAGAUUCAAAUUUUCCUACAAAUUUUAACGUUUAUAAACCUUUUUCCAAAAGCGCCAUAGAUUCUCCCUCACAACGAUUGAAUAAACAAAUUCAGUACCAACGUGACGCAAAUUCAGCAGGCGUCCAAUCAUUUUCGUCAAACGCUUUUGCCACAUCGGGUAUGACCUCUCUACCAACCAUCACUAUGGGUCUAUGUAUCAAAAAUCUAAAAACUUUAAAUUGUCAUGGAACAUCGUUGCCCCCUUCUCAUAUGCAAGACAAGGCAGAGAUGACGCCUAUUUCCCCCUCGGCUGCUGAUCUUAAUUUGCGGAUUGCCUCGGUCAAAAAGGUGUGGGACGAUUCCGUCAACACCACCGAUAAUGAUAGUAAGUUAAAACUAUCUCUUUACCACCAUGAAAUGGCGAAGUUUAAGGUGGAACCCAUGGAUAUACUCAUCCAACAUCAAAAUGAAUACAGAUAUAUAGAUUCGAAUUGUUAUAUAUCCAGUUCAUAUGAUAUGAAUAUCGGGAGUUGCUCCAUAUCUUCCUCCAUGUCUCCAUCAUUUACUGAAUUUUAUAAUGUCAAAUGUGACAGAGAUUUAGUCUUUUCAAAGGAAGAUAAAUUUUGCCUAAAAAAUGAUUCUGAUGACAAGAAUUCUCUUGGAUCAAACGUUGCCGCCUCAAACGCCAAUAGUAACGUUUGUAAGGUAAAGCCUCAUAAACAGCAAAAUUUACACUUUUCCUCUGGGAAUUCUAUAGAUAAUGCUGAACAAUUACCUUCCUCAAUUUUUUCAUCGGUUGAAGACACUAUAUCACAAAAUGCAUUUAAUAAUAUAUUUAAUCAAUUCACCAUGCCAUUGCCUCUGCCUAAUUCUUUGUAUCCUCAGGCUCACCCUACCAUACCAAACAAUCUAACAACUAAUCUACUGAGGAACAAUUCAAUGGCUACCGUUAUGGGGAUUUAUGAAAAUUUUUUGAACAGUAGCUCCAAUUUAAACAUGGGUGGAGCUCCCCAUCUCAAUGGCAAUGCUUCAUCGAUUGAGAACACCUUAAAUCUUAAUAAUCAACAACAGUUCAACCAAAUGAUAAUGCAAAAUUAUGUUAAUCCAACUGUCCCGACAUUAUCUACCAAUCAACAAAUGACACAGCCCUCCAUGGCAAACAAUAUUUUUUCUUAUAGGCCCUCUCUUCCUUCUAACCUAGGACCUCCACAACAAUACAAUCCACUGUACUCCCCCAAUCAGCCAUUAGCCUCGGCCCUUGCCAAACAAUUGCCAGGCAACAAUCCUCCACCCAGACUCCCCAUCAUGCCCCCAAAUACGUCCCACAUGUUGAUCCAGCUCGAACCCUUUACCAACAUGAUGGAUAUGGCAGCCAUGGCACAUCAGCUCCAGCAAAACGGGGGUUCAGUAUCAAUAACUCAAAAUAUCAUGCCUCGUCAACCCUUUCCCAACCCAACACCACCACCUAACCAUGCAGUUACAGUAGCAUCCAACACUCUUAAUUUGAUGAAUUAUUUUGGCGCUUUUCCUCCCACACCUGUCUCGAACCCCCCAAACGCUCCACCCGUCAUGCCAAACAUUAUCCUAAGCCAAAAUCCUAACAACUAUGUUGCCGCACUCAUCAAUCACCAACCACUCUCCCAGCCAUCACUUGCUAUGCCCCCCACCCCAAAUCACAAUGUUCAAGCUAGCUUCAUAAACCACACUGCCAACCCUAAUCCAUCCCAACCAUUUCCUUCUAACCCACUAUACAAAUAACUGACUAGGAAUAAAUAAAUCAUUUUUUCAUCGAAUACCUAAGGAAUUUACAAAUUUGUUAAUCAAGCAUUAUUUUCUAAAUCUUGACUAAAUUUACCCAGGAUCUUGUUUUUCAAUAAAUUGAUGUUAAAAUUAUUAUAUCAAAGACAAACCGCUUUUGAAUUUUUCAAAAUAAUUAUUUGUUUUAUUAGAUGUUGAUUAUUUUGCUACACUUUAUGUUAAAUGAGCAUUGUUUCUUUGUAAAUUGUUUUCAUUUAAUUAAUUUAUUUUUAUAAAUCUAAAAAUUAUAAUAUGGUUUAAUUUUUAUUGUGUUUAUUAUUUAUACAUCUCGAUUUCAUUUGAAUACAACUUAAUCUCAAUUAUGUAUAUGUUUUUUAGCUCUAUAAUUUUGGUUGAAAAUUGUUCAAUAAAAAAAUGUUUUACUAUAUC